GGCCAUGUGUAGCGAAAAAGAUGGUGGUUCGGUUACAUCAUGUUGAAGUACUUUGUCAGAAUUUAGAGCAAAGCCUGAAACAAUUCUGUGAGAAAUUUGGAUUUAAUGUGUUAGCUCGUUCAUCUUCCCCUAAUCGAUUUACGUUAAACCGUGAUGCAAUAAAUUUCGUGCUGAGUGAAGGAGCGCGGGAAAGAGACACAGUGUUCAACGUUGCCCUUGAAGUCAAAGAUGUAAAACAAGUGGUAGAUGUUGUAAAAAGAAAUGACGGUAAAGUAAUCAGAGAACCCGAAAUUCUCUCCGAUAGCAAUGGAAAAGUGGAGUCCGCUGUUGUACAAACUCCUGUCGGCAAUGUUGUCCAUACACUGUUAAAUGCGUCUGGUUACAAUGGAGUAUUUUUGCCGGGGUUCGAUGUUUUCGACAACAAGAUGGCGUUACCGAAAACGCUUUGUUAUGCAACAGACUCGUCAAAUUCCCAAACAAUUAUAAAAGAUCGCAUUUUAACGCAUUUUGAUCACAUAACUUUUGCGUGUCCUCUUGGGACUUCUCAGACGGUUAUGAAGUGGUAUGAAAAAUGUUUUGGAUUCACCAGGUUCAGUAUUAACUCUGAUGAAACCCAGGAUGGGUUUGUGGUGCAGAGUGCAAUACAAGGUGCAAGCAUUGGAAUGAAGUUAACUGCGAUGCAAUACUGGUUUUGUUCAGAGUCCGAGCUUAGAAUAGACACUGACGAGCCAGGAGGAGGCGUAAAAUUUGUUUUCGCCGAACCACUCCCUGGGCAAGGUUAGUGGUACAUGAGGUGGGAGGGCAUGGAUAUGGACCAAGGGGGACAGGUCUUGAGUUUUUGAGUUUACAGUUUCCUUAGAAACUGUAACACUAUGUAGUCAUGUUGUAUGUCCAUAAUGUUCAUAAGAAAAGCAAUAAUUCUGAAGGCUAGAUACAAAAUACUGUUUGAUUCAGUUCGCAAACAAGUAGAGUCUGUUAUGUUCUAGUUGUUGCUUGUUCGUUUUGUCAAUUAUUUUUUUCUAGUCAAAAGACAUUUUGCAAAAGAAGGAUAACAGUGGUCAUCGGUGUGCUGCAUAAUAUGAAAGUGAAGUGCGAGCUGUUGUGUCAGAAAAAUAAGCGAGACCUGUUGCUAAAAAAAAAUGUUUUCUCGAUGCAAGAAGUCACACUUUAUUUUCUCUUCAAUGCUAGUCAUCAGCAUGCUGUAUGACAUGGUGAAGCAUAACUUAAUGCAUCAGAUAAAUUAUUGUGUUCUUAUGCUUUGGAAAUUUUUUUCUUCCUUGCAAGAAAUCACACUUUAUUUCAUGCUUAUGUGACAUAGCAAGCCGAUAAAAUCACAUGUCCACGACAGACGUAACAAAAACUGUAAACAUAUGUUCUCUUCUCUUUAGAGAGCUAUUUUUUGAAGAGAAUAGGUGCUCAUGAUUAGCAUACUGUGUCUGUGUAUUUGUUACUUACGCUUAUGGCUGCAUCAUUGGUGUAAGUGUCUUAUUACAUUAAAAUUAAAUUAAGGUUAAAAUUUUUAACCUAAGUUGAAUUAGGGAGGAGACAAAGAAUAUUGAGAAUCAACCUGGGGAUAAAAAGAUUUAACCUGAAUUUAAUUUUGACCUGUAACAUAAUCGAUACUAUAGAUAUAGAGACUGUGAUCUUUUACCGUCAAACUCAAAAAACUAUAUAAACCUGAUAAAUUUCGAGAACAUUGAUUGUGUAGUGACCAAUCACAAUUCUUGUGGAAUUAUUCUCUUCCUUGACUGCAUUUUCUUAGAAAGGGCAGGUAUCAAAGACCUGCCAUAGCCCCACUUGUUUGAAAGUUGGAUGCCUGGGAGCUCACAAAUAGUUGAUACUUAAGUACAUCAUCCACCGGAUAGAGAGUUAGCCUGUGUGAAGCACUAUCCACCUUUCCAAACAGCUACAUGUCCAGGGUGCAAAGAAAUUCAGUUUUACAGCCUGCCAUUCGGGCAAGCUGUACGUAGCUAGCAUGUACUAGCCCACCAGUCAUUUCAACUAGCCCCCAAACUCCUUUUGAUUAGCAGGAUUGAUUACAAACCUUCUGUAAUUGAAUUUCCGCCCAAAACAGCACUUGCCCAUCGGGCAAGUUAAGAACAAAACUCACUAGCCCGGCAGCAAAAUCCACUAGCCCCAGGCUAUCGGACACGACUUUCUUUGCACGCUGAUGUUACACCUACUCACUGUUUUAUCAUUGGUUUUUUAGGUCCAAACCAAGUGCAGACAUUUUUGACCGAACAUGGGGGACCAGGUAUACAGCACAUAGGUCUUCAUACUCCAGAUAUCACUCAAGCGGUAGCAGCAUUAAAGGAUAAUGGAGUUACAUUUAUUGAUCCUCCUUCUGCUUAUUACUCUGAGGUUUGUUGCACAUUAUUUAUUGUCGAACUUGCCCCAUUUACAACUCAAAAUUUUGCCAAAAACAAUGUUUGAGGCUAAUCAUCAUUUGGAUGAGAAAGAACCAAAUUUGCCCAAAAUGUUGUUUACAAAGUAGAGCACUAAGCUGACAAGAAUCGUUGGCAAAAGUAUUGUAUGGUCACCUUGAGAUCACAUUCAUAGACACAAAGACCUAAAUAGCAAAAUGUUACAUGCAUCGAAAUGACUUGUCAUGGUCAUUGUUAGUAAUGACAUUUUUAUUUACAUGAACAAGAUUCUCAAAAAACUUUAUGUUUCUAUGAAAAAUUAAUUAAAGAUAAACCUGUUUUGUAGGAAGGCAAAUUGCAGGAGAUAAAAUAUGUGGGUGAGUGUGUGGAGUCUCUUCAAAAUCAUGGUGUCUUGUUAGAUGCUGAGAGCUUCAUCGUAAAAGAAAAUACAGAGUCUUCUGCUGCUCAGGACACAAAGUGAGUGAAUUGGGUUAAUUUAGCAUGCUCAUUCUGUUACAGGCAUGAUCCAUUUGGCUAAAGACCUUGGGAAAGUUUGGUCCAGAACUGAGUGGAUUGGUUUGGUCCAUCUGGAAGAAGCUUUGGGAAAAAAGGUCAUUUCCAGGUUAGGAAAUGGCCAGAGAAAAAUUUACUUAUGAGCCAGGGAAAAUUGAAAUUUUGAAGAGGCUGGAAGAAGCUUUUCAGGUCCUGUGGUCUCAAGCGCCAUAAGCUCAGGAUAUGAGCGCUAUAUAAAUAAAGCUAUUAAGGACAUCUUUCAGUAAUGGAGAAAGCAAAAUGUCACUGUCAAGUUAGGUAAACAUUAUAUUCUUUGGUUGGGCAAAUUGUAUUUUUAUCAGGGAAGAUUAGAGAAUUUGAGGAAAAAAAAAAAAAAAUUUGAGAAAACUGAGGACUUGCAGCAACCAUGUUUUAUGACCUAUAUUUCAUGAAAGUUUUUCUAUAAAAUUACAAAUGUAUAUAAAAGGUUUAUUUUAUCAUUUGUCUCACAAUUGUCACUUUGAUAUUGAUCAGGGCGUUUCAACUGCACACUACAGGUCUUCAUCAGGCGAUAGUAGAGACCUUUAGCAUCAGGUAAACCGCAAACCGCAAACCACAAACCGCAGUUACGCGUUUGCAGUUUCGCGUUGCCGAGAUUUCAAACUUUAGCAAGGCGUUCCGUUCAGUUCAGUUCAGUUCAUUUUUAUUUAGCCAAAAUAUAAUACAAUAGAAGAAUACAUAUAGGAAUUGUAAGGUUGCAAGGGAGCCCAGAAGAAACCAGAAGGCUUUAUGAAGCCUGGGCUCCCCAGUCUCCUAGUGUCGAUUUACUGAGUCGGAUUAUUUGUACCACUGUGGUUGUUAGUGAUUGGCGUAUCACAUUCCUCGCUCAUUGUUGGUGGGUUUUCGAUCCAAAGCAUUGUUGGUAUUGUCAGAGGAAGAAACUGAUUCCUCAGAGGUCUGCUGUGACAGUGAUUGGCUGUUAUGUUGUGUGAUUGUUGGUAUCCACACUUCAGGAAUCUCAGUUCCACUGCCCCUGUUGACGGUGUUAGGAUGAAGUCUUCGAGAGGACCAGUGACAGUCUCGGUCAACUUAACUUUGUGCCAGAGGGGAUAAUGCCCGGUCUUAUUAGCGUGUUCAGAAACAGUCGAAGUUUGAGUUUGUGAAAGCUGUGUAUCCCUAUCAUGCUCCUUAAUCCAUUCAUGCAUGCACCUUCCAGUUUCGCCAAUGUAUACUUCGCCACAUGCACAAGGAAUCUUAUACUCUACUCCAUCUUGUUUUUGUGGAUCAACAGGAUCCUUAGGUUGUACUAAGUGUGAUCUUAAUGUUGUGUUGGACUUGAGCAAGGUACGUGAUACACCAAUCACUAACAACCACGGUGGUACAACACUAUCGCCUGAUGGAGACCUGCAGUGUGCAGUCAAAACAUCACGAUCCAUAUCAAGGUGACAAUUGUGAGACAAUAGAUAAACUAAACCCUUUAUACACUUUAUCCAUGAUGAUUGACAUCUUUCAUCAAUUUCCUGUAGGUAUCUGAUGCAAGUGUUUACACGACCAUUGUUUAAUAAGGACACCUUCUUUCUGGAGGUUAUACAGCGAUGUGGUGCAACUGGGUUUGGAGCUGGCAACAUAACUGCUUUAUGGAAAGCGGUGGAUUCCUAUUUAAGCAAGAAAAAGUAGUUUCUCUGGCUCUGACACACACAUUUUAUAUGCAGACUCAAAAUAUUUAACAAUUAUUCUUCGAAGGCGAAGUUACUGUAAAACUCAGAAAACCGUGAACACAUGAAAAAUUUCAGGAAUGUUGAUUGUGUGGUGACCAGUCACAAUAAUGUUCAGGACAUGAAAGGAAACCUCAAAACCACAAACUAAUUACCGUUGCUGUUUGUGGUUUAGGUUUCUCAUGCCUUAUUUGCUAUUUCCUCACAACACAAUAAAAUUUCAUAAAUAUUUCUGGUGUCCACGGUUUUUUGAGUUUCACAGUAAUAUUGUUGAAUAAUGUCGAGGGAAUUAUUCAACAAUAUUAACUGAGCCUGAGGUGAAUAAAUAAUAUAAAAUUUUAUUGUUUUAGUAUAUACACACGAAGUGAUCUCAACAGAAUCAGAAAGGAAACCAUGAAAAAGACGAUUAGUUUGAGCCAUGGGUGAAUUCAUGCAUGAACUUGUAGCCGUAAACAGCACAAGGACAACAGUUGAAUCUUUACAGUAUUUUCAAACUUGGUAAAUCCUAGUUUUAAUUUUUUUGUAAGCUUUAGCAUCAAUGAUUGAAAAGAAAAUGUUGAAAGUUUCUGAGAAGAAACACAGACCUUUUUUUGCUUCUCCAACUCACUGUGAAUGAGACAGUUUUUUUGUUGCUUCUUCCAAAUGCUGUCAGCAGCGGCUACAAUCGAGGUGAGCGUUCUUUAUCUGCAGUGCAGUGCUCCUUGCCAUGUUAACUUGCUGGCAUGUACAGUUUUCAAAAAUAUUUGCUUUCCUUUUUUCCUCCAUAAAUUAAAUUCUAUUUCCAGGCAAAAUUGGUCUUGCAAGGAAAUCCCGAGUUCACAAAACAGUGACUAAGUGUCCUCCAUUCCCUCUGUAGUGGUCAAUAAAAACAUUGCUUUGAGCGUAUAAAAGUCAGCUACAGUAAAUCACUUCACAAUAAAAUCACGCCGUUUAAACACUAUGAAGUCUUUUCUUACCUUCAAAAUCAUCAACUCUGGGAUAUUCUUAUAUUUUAUAAAAGUUCUUACUCUGAAACUUGGCAAAACACCCAGUUCAUGAUAGCGAUUUUCUUUUGCUUCAUAUUCACCACCUAAGGAGGUGAAUAUAAUGUCAUAGUCCGAGAUAAUGAACUAAUCAGAUUGCUUGAAUCACCAAGAUCACUGAGUGUUGUAUAUACUAGAGGUAAAUAUAAACCCUUUAANUUUUGUAAGCUUUAGCAUCAAUGAUUGAAAAGAAAAUGUUGAAAGUUUCUGAGAAGAAACACAGACCUUUUUUUGCUUCUCCAACUCACUGUGAAUGAGACAGUUUUUUUGUUGCUUCUUCCAAAUGCUGUCAGCAGCGGCUACAAUCGAGGUGAGCGUUCUUUAUCUGCAGUGCAGUGCUCCUUGCCAUGUUAACUUGCUGGCAUGUACAGUUUUCAAAAAUAUUUGCUUUCCUUUUUUCCUCCAUAAAUUAAAUUCUAUUUCCAGGCAAAAUUGGUCUUGCAAGGAAAUCCCGAGUUCACAAAACAGUGACUAAGUGUCCUCCAUUCCCUCUGUAGUGGUCAAUAAAAACAUUGCUUUGAGCGUAUAAAAGUCAGCUACAGUAAAUCACUUCACAAUAAAAUCACGCCGUUUAAACACUAUGAAGUCUUUUCUUACCUUCAAAAUCAUCAACUCUGGGAUAUUCUUAUAUUUUAUAAAAGUUCUUACUCUGAAACUUGGCAAAACACCCAGUUCAUGAUAGCGAUUUUCUUUUGCUUCAUAUUCACCACCUAAGGAGGUGAAUAUAAUGUCAUAGUCCGAGAUAAUGAACUAAUCAGAUUGCUUGAAUCACCAAGAUCACUGAGUGUUGUAUAUACUAGAGGUAAAUAUAAACCCUUUAAAUUUUGUUAUUGUCAAAUUUUUGGCUAAAAUGGGUUCUUUUGUAGUAGGGGUUUAAAUGGAAACCGUAGAGUAUUUGUAGAUCAAGUUUUAUUUGUAAAGCUCAAAGAUUUAUUUAAAUAAACAAAAGUAAC